GAGGACGGGGCGGAGACUGCAGAGGAGGAAUUCCAGGGCGCUGGCGGCAGGGCCUUGGGAGCCCCGGGGGUGGGGAGGUGAGGACCCCAUGACUCAAGAAGACCCGGGAAAACAGAAAGGAGCAGCACCCCAACAACGUAGAGCACAGCACAGACUCCCUGAGACUCAGCACCCAGCACCACUGCAGACAGCACAGCACAGACUCCCUGAGACUCAGCACCCAGCACCACUGCAGACAGCACAACAAACACAGCCUGAGACUCAGCACCCAGCACCACUGCAGACAGCACAGCACAGACCUCCCUGAGACGCAGCACCCAGCACCACUGCAGACAGCACAACAAACACCUUCCUGAGACUCAGCACCCAGCACCAGUGCAGACAGCACAGCACAGACCUCCCUGAGACUCAGCACCUAGCACCACUGCAGACAGCACAGCACAGACUCCCUGAGACUCAGCACCCAGCACCACUGCAGACAGCACAACAAACACCUUCCUGAGACUCAGCACCCAGCACCAGUGCAGACAGCACAGCACAGACCUCCCUGAGACUCAGCACCUAGCACUACUGCAGAGAGGACAACAAACACAGCCUGAUAUUCAGCACCCAGCACCACUGCAGAGAGUACAACGAACACCUCCCUGAGAGUUAAUACCUCGCACCAUUGCAGACAGCACAGCACACACCUCCCUGAGACUCAGCACCCAGCACCACUGCAGACAGCACAGACCUCCCUGGGACAUAGCACCACUUGGAGGAUGCUCCCCAGACCCGCAGAUGGAGGAGGAUCAGCAGCUCAGAGGUUCACUUCCUGGUCGUUGGAUUGGUUCGGGGACAAGGGCCAGGUUUCGGCGACAAGCACCGGGGCCACUCAGGAGGAGAGGCCCUCACUUCAGGGAAGGUCAACACUCCAGGGAAGGACCGGCAGUUUGCUGAGGCGGUGCUCACAGAUCAAAAGCCACCGGCGCUGGGAUGUCGCAAUCCCAGGCAGCUCGGGUGACCCUGGUGGCCCCUUGGCUGUGAAGACAGGCAAGAUCAGAGGAGCAGGUGCUGGCCUCGGGGGACCCCCAGGCUGCACGGUUGGCUUCCAAUGGGUGGGCAGGUGAGCGCUUCUGGAAGCUUCCGGAGCCUGCCCUGCGCAAAUGCCAAUGCGGACUGGAUGUCGGCGCUGUGUCCCCGGCUCUGGGAUGUGCCCCUGCACCACCUGUCCAUCCCAGGGAGCCACGACACCAUGACCUACUGUCUGAAUAAGAAGUCCCCCGUGUCCCACAGCGAGUCCCGCUUGCUGCAGCUGCUGAGCAAGGUGGUGCCAUGUGUGACGCGCCCCGUGGUGCUGAGGUGGUCUGUCACCCAGGCGCUGGACGUCACGCAGCAGCUGGACGCCGGGGUGCGGUACCUGGACCUGCGCAUCGCGCACAUGCUGGAGGGCUCGGAGAAGAACCUGCACUUCGUACACAUGGUGUACACGACGGCGCUGGUGGAGGACACCCUCACGGAGAUCUCCGAGUGGCUGGAGCAGCACCCCCGGGAGGUGGUCAUCCUGGCCUGCAGGAACUUCGAGGGGAUGACGGAGGACCUGCAUGAGUACCUGGUGGCCUGCAUCAGGAACAUCUUUGGGGACAUGCUGUGCCCCCGAGGGGAGCUGCCCACGCUGCGGCAGCUGUGGGCGCGGGGCCAGCAGGUCCUGCUCUCCUACGAGGACGAGGCCUCGGUGCGGCGGCACCCGGAGCUGUGGCCGGGAGUCCCCUACUGGUGGGGCAACAAGGUGAAGUCGGAGGCCCUGAUCCGCUACCUGGAGGACAUGAAGAGCUGCGGCCGCCCGGGGGGCCUGUUCGUGGCCGGCACCAACCUCACCGAGGACCUGGAGUACGUGCUGGCGCACCCGGCCGGGUCCCUGAAGGAGGUGACCCUGUCCAGCCUGCCCGCACUCAGCGCCUGGGUCCGCGAGCAGAGCCCGGGGCCCGGCGCCCGCUGCACCAACAUCAUCGCCGGCGACUUCGUGGGCGCCGACAACUUCGUCGGCGACGUCAUCGGGCUCAACCAGAAGCUGCUGUGGGGCUGACGGUCCCCUCCGGUCAGCCGGGGGCAGCCCGGGGGCAGCCCUGACCCCGGCUGGGCGGGCGCUGCUCCAGAUCCCGCGAGAAGACGUCCUCCGAGCUCCAGAUCCCGCGAGAAGACCUCAAUCCAAGGGAUGUGCCUGUGGUCAGGGGUGACCACGGGGUGGGUCCAGCGGGUGUAUCCCGGGCAGUCCCGACCACGGGGUGGGUCCAACGGAAGUGCCCUGGUCAGCCAUGGAUGUGCUCAUGGGCAUGGCCAUCAUGAUGGGUCCAGCAGAUUUGUCUGUGGUCAACGAUGACAACUGGGAUGGGUCCAGCGGGUGUGCCCUGGUCAGCCGCGACCAAGGGAUGGCUCCAACGAAUGUGCUGUGGUCAACCAUGACUGUUGGGAUAGGCCAGUGGGCGCACCCUGGUCAGCCAUGACCAUGGGGAUGUGUCCAGCGGUGUGCCCUGGUCAGCCAUGACCAUGGGGAUGUGUCCAGCGGUGUGCCCUGGUCACCGAGGCCUACUCAACCCAGCGGGAAGCAUGGCCUGUGCAGGGUGGGGAUGCCAGGAGAGGGGUCAGGGCCUCCUCAUCCUGUGCUUUAGAAAGUCCCCGCUUCCAAGAGUGUCGCGUCCCCUGGACGGAUGGGGUGGGGACCUGUGCAGAGACCCUCUUGCAGUACUCAACACAUGGCCUGGCUGUCAGCUCACUCUGACGCCGCCCUUUCCCCGGGCAGCAGGCUCCUGGGGACCCUGGUCCAUCUUGCUUUGGCCAGCUGUUAGUGGAGGGCCUGAGGGGUGGCCAGUGGGCGGUCCUGCAUCUGCAGGCCCCACAGUGUCACGGGUGGUGUGGUCUGUGUUCUAGUCUCUGCAUCCUGGAGCUCGGGCGCCUGGACUUGCAGGCCGGGGUGGGGGGGGGGACUGUCCCCAGAGGUCAGAGGCUCCUGAGACCCCGCCCCUUGCAGGCUGGCUUCUCCAGGGCCAGCGUUUCCUAGACCCUCCUGGUGGGCACCUGCUGCUGGAGGCCCUGGGCACUGAAGGAGCCCAACCCGGGCUGUUUCCCAGCCUCCUGCCCACUGGGCAGGCCCGGGCAAGGCUGGGGGCUCCCUGGGCGCUGGCCCUGCAGGCGCCGGUGACUGGGUCAAUCUGGACCUCCCGCAGCUGCUGUGGCUGGGGUGCCACCUCCCGGUCCCAGGUCCCUUUAAACCCCGCAGGUGGCCGAGAGGCCUGGUCCUGCAGCCUGCCGCAGCCCUGCAGAGCCGGUGUUCCCUGGCCAUCUGGAUGCCCACGACGCGUCACGGCACCCGUUACGGGCCGUCCUGCCGUCAAAGAAGGGCGCAGACCCGGGUGUUCAGGACCGUCUGGAAAUGGCGCCCUGGUCUGCGAAGCCUGUUGCACUUGGGACCCGCAGGGUGGUUUCAGAGGAAGCUGCUCGGGCUUUGUGGUCACCUGUCAUGGCCGUGUCACGGCCGAGACGCGGCACAGCAGGACCAGCUCUGGGCACAUCCCAGCACUGCCUGGCCCCUCCCCGCCACCAAGCACCCUGGGGACAGCCCUUGGAUGCUCAGGUCACAAGGGCGUCAUUUCCUGUCUUAGGAGCCACCAUUCAGGGUUAGUCCACCCUUGAGGACAAUUAAAAGGAACCAAGCCAAA